UGUUCAGGCCUACCUGGUGGAGACUGGGCCUAUGCAUCUGCAAGUGAUAUUCCUCCAGAGUGCAAGGCACUCAUUGAUAGACUGAAAGCAUGCACCAAGGAGCAUGCAUGGAGGGAUGCCCUUGAAGAACUCCUGGAACAGCUGAAGUCCAUAGACUCUUGGAACUUUGGAAAAUGUGAGCUGUUUCACUGGGUUGACAUCCUUGAUGUCUUUGAUUCCAUCUUGGAAGAUGCUGCUACUAAGAGAGAAGAUAAGCAGUGGACCCUCAACUGUGAUCUCCCUUCAGACCGCAUGAAGAAGGACCUAUUACUAUGGGUGCUGCACUUCACCACACUGCUGAUCGAGCACUCCUUCUCUCGACAUUUGUACAAUUCCAUGGAACACUUGACUGCCUUGCUUGCAUCCACAGACAUGAGUGUGGUGCUUGCAGUGCUGAACCUUCUGUACAUGUUCAGUAAACGAAGUAAUUUUAUCACACGUCUGGCUGCUCCAAAGAAGAAGGUUCUUCUAUCUCGACUUACCUAUUUAGCAGAGAGUUGGGGAGGUGCUGAGAAUGGAUUUGGCCUUGCUGAUUGUUGCAAAGAUCUACCUUUGUCUGCAUUUCCACUGAGUGCUACUACCCUCCACUUUGAGUUCUACUCUGAAGCUCCCUCAAACGUUGGGAAUGCCCGAGAAAAGAAAUUGCGGCAGAGUGUGAUCUCAGUUGUUCACAUGGACCAUGUUGACCAGUGUGGAAAAUCCUCGGCUGAAAUUAUGGAAGAUCUCCUUGCAAGUUACAAUGUCCCUGAGGAUAAGCUGAUGAUGCUGUUCACCUAUGUGAGGUUGGCACAUGACUUUCCUGACUAUCGCCGGAGGUUGCAGUGUGUUCAAGCUCGACUCCAGGCUCUCUCCAUCCUUGUGUAUUCAAAUGCUGUUCAGGAAAAUGCCAAUUCCCUUCUUUAUAAUGGCCUUCUGGAAGAGAUGGUUGAAGUCCUUGCACUCAAGGAUAAAGACAUACUUGAAAUUAAGGCAGCUGCUCUGAGGACAUUGACCUCUAUCAUCCAUCUAGAUCGCAGCUUCCCAAAACUGACCACAAUCAUUGAUGUCACAGAGGCCUCUGCGUACCAUGGAUUUCUUCCAGUGUUAGUGAGGUCCUGCAUUGCCUCCCUAACUGGCAGUCCCGGUUGUGAAAGUGGCCGCUUCCCACUUCCUUUUGCCACUGCACUCUUCAGCUUUCUGUAUCACUUGGCCAGCUAUGAGGCAGGUGGGGAAGCCCUGGUCUCAGCUGGCAUGAUGGAAAGUCUUCUUCAGGUUGUGCAUUGGCAAGGCUCUGACCCAGAACAGAUCACAUUUGUGACUCGGGCCGUGCGUGUGAUAGACUUGAUCACCAAUCUUGACAUGCAGUCUUUUCAAACUCAUCAGGGGCUUUCAACUUUCAUCAAUAGAUUAGAAUUGGAGGUGAAUGCAUGUAGGAAAGAUCAACCAUUCGUAAUUAGACCAAAAAGCCGAGGUCGGGAUUCCUUGUCAUAUGAUAUGGGAGGUGGGGAAGCUAUGGGUCCUACAUCUCCUGCUCAGGGAUCCAUCGAGGAUGCACCUCGAGAAGGAUCUUCUCGUGAUAUUGAAGAAAUGGAGGUUGAUUCAUCGAGGCCAAAUGUUGAGGAAUCAUCUUUCACAUUUCUUGAUCCUGAAGUGUACAGGCAGGCUGUAAAACCAGGCUUGACAUGCCUUCCUCAGAGAGCUGCCCUCCUCAAAUCUAUGUUAAACUUCCUGAAGAAGGCAAUUCAAGAUCCAGCUUUCUCAGAUUCUAUCCGGCAUGUGAUGGAGGGGUCGCUACCCAGUUCUUUGAAGCACAUCAUCAGCAAUGCUGAAUAUUAUGGGUCUUCACUGUUCCUUCUUGCAACAGAUGUGGUGACAGUAUACGUGUUCCAAGAACCUUCUCUCCUGUCAUCUUUGCAAGAUAGUGGCCUCACAGAUGUUGUCCUCCAAGCCCUCCUCAUCAAAGAUGUGCCUGCAACAAGAGAGGUUUUAGCCUCACUCCCCAAUGUCUUCAGUGCCCUUUGCCUCAAUGCCCGAGGCCUAGCUGCCUUUGUAGCUUGCAAACCAUUUGAAAAGCUGUUUCAAGUUUUGCUAUCUCCAGCAUACCUGGGUGCCAUGCGCAGGCGACGUAGUUCAGAUCCCAUGAGUGAUACUGCUGCAAAUCUUGGAAAUGCCAUGGAUGAACUUAUGAGGCAUCAGCCUAGUCUGAAAGCAGAUGCCACAGCUGCUAUUAUCAAGCUUUUACAAGAGCUGGCAAACUUGGGACGUGAUUCACGAUAUGUCUGUUGCAAACCUCAGGGACGCCCAGAACCAACUACAUUUCAGAGAAAUCCUCUUUGCCACUCCAAUGGGCCAAGUGGUGGAGGGAAUGAAGGAGGAAGCAGUGAUGAAGAGGAGGAGGAGGAAGAAGAAGCAAGCACAGGUGGUCAGACAGGAACACAAAGCACAAGUCAGCAGCCAGACCCUGUCCCUCCUCAGUCAACACAACCAGCUGUAUCACAAGAAGAAAAACAACAGGUUCCCCUUGUGGAUUACAUUCACAAUGUGAAUUUAGCCCAUGAGCCUCAAGUAUUGAAGGAGGGGAUGAAUCAGCUGGACUCCAUUCUGAACGAUCUGGAACCUCUCCUGAAGGUCUUGCCCUCUCCAGGAGGAUCUGUUCUCCUUCAUGAAUUAUCAUCUUCACACAACCCAAGCUCUGGGAUCGCAGAGGCUGAAUCCACACCUCUGAUUCAUGCACUAUCUGCUGUACACUCUUACGUCAUGAUGUUCAUCCAUACGGAGAUUCGCCAGAUGUCUGUGAAUCAUUGGGGUUCAGAUAUGGGUCUUGCUAUUCUGGAAAAGCUAAGUCGUCUCCACCCAGUCCUCAUUUGGGAAUCCACUGUGCUAUUGGCACUCUGCAGUGAAGAUGUCCUCCCAGCUGAUUGUCAGUUUGGGAAAGCAGAUCUUGAAAAACUUCUUCCUCACAACUUAGGGGAAAAAGAGAACACAUUGACUCAUGCUGCUGGUGAUCUUGGGAGUAAUGGAGUUGCAUCUGCCAUGGAACAGUUGACAACAGAACCGGGUAAUAGCAUGGAUGUUGAUGAGGAAAAAGAUAAGGAGAAAAUGUCUCCGAAACUUCAGCACCAAGUGAAGCUGAUACGACCUGUGCUUGGCUGUGUCUCCCGCCUUGGCCGAGCUCUCACAGAGCUUUUUGGUCUUCUGGUGAAGCUGUGUGUGGGAUCUCCAUUGCGGCAUCCUAGACGAGGACAGCCACCCACUGUCCCACCAACAAUGCCUUCCCCAGCUGCCCGCAAGGUAGCCCAUGCUCUUACAGACAUGUUGAAGCAGAGCCUAAUAUAUCAACCUCCACCAACAACACCCUUGCCCAGAUUCAGGCUUACCUUCUACAUCUGUGCUGUUGGAUUCACGGCUCCAAUGCUUUUUGACGAGAAGAGGUCCCCAUAUCACCUAAUGCUGAGGGAAUUUCUCAAUCAUGGCGCUAUGGAGGCAUUCUUUGACACAUUCUAUCUAGCACUGUCAGGUUGCAAAGAAGCAGCAGUGCGAAAGAAUAGCAGUGGUGUCUUUGAACUGCCCAGUGAUAUUGAGUUGUCAGACCUGCCAUCUGGCACUGGAGAAUUCCUGGAUGUUUGGCUUCUACUCCUUGAGAAGUUGGUCAAUCCCAAGUUAAUCCUUGAGUCGCCACAUGUUCUCCCGUCCAAGGCAAUUGUACCUGGGUUCAAACCAUUUGACCCUAUUCAGUACUUGAUGCAUAUUCAUAAGGAGGCUUUUGCAGCCAUUAUGACUUUGUGGCAGAAGAAACCCUUGAAACAUGGUCACAUUUCAGAAUCCAUGCUUGCAGUCUUAUGUCACAUUCUUCGUGGUGAAUCCAUCAUUCAGAAGAGACUGAAGAAAGACAAGAAAGAAGACAAUGGGGAGACCAGUGAAGGGGCUGAUGGAACUUCAACUUCUACUGAGAAUGGGAGUCGAGUGCCUGCAAGCACAGCUGUUGAAUCUGAUGGAGUGAAUGGUGCCCAUUUGCAGCAGCUCGUGGAUAUGGGAUUCUCAAGGGAAGCUUCUGUUGAGGCCCUUGUCAACUCUCACUCUUUGGAACAGGCAACAGAGUACCUUAUAAGUUCCUCAGGUGAUCUCUUCACAAUGGGAAAUGAAUCUUUGACUGAAGAUGACCAAGUGAUGCAGGCCAUAGCCAUGUCACUAAGGGAAGAUGUUCCAUUGGAGGUGGAGAAGCUUGCCACCUCAGGGAAUGAAGGAGCCCCCACCAAGAAGAAAAUUUCUGUUGAAAGGACGAUGCUGAACAAGAGGGAACUAGACUCAUUCACAGAGGGUAUCUUGGCUUGCUGUCUUCGUCUUCUGGACCAUCAACCACAGACUGUUUAUCAUGUCUGUGAGCUCAUCAACACCAUUGUGACCAGGAAUGGAGAUGCAUGGAGAGACAGAGUCUUGUCUGCACUUGUGUAUGAAAUUUCAUCUUUAGUCGUUCAUCUUGUUGCUGGAGCUUCGUCUGAUGACCCUGAAGAAGCUCACAGGCAACUGACCAAGUCUCCAAUAGCAUCCAAGGCUGCUGUUUCCAUUCACCUCUUCACUCUCUUGUUUGAGAAGAUGCGCAUCCCCUGUGCUCGGCUUCUGGAGGAAGGAGACCUCCUGAGUCCUAUUAUCACCCUGUUAAUGGAAGCAGGAGAGACAUUAGUAAGUAGUCGAACCCCUCUGGCGACUCCAUCAGCCAGCUGGAGCAAUCUUCUUUCAUCUCCCCCUGGAGAAGAACCAACCCCAAAGUGGUUGGCUCCUCUGCUCCUUCUGUUAGAUCUAUAUGAAAAAGUUUCUCUUGCUACACGAAGGAGAGCUGCCCUCCAGAAGGUUGCAUCCCGCAACUGGAAGUGGUUUGAUGUGGGAUCUGCCAAGUGGUGUCCUUACUCUGCACCCAAUAACAAGACCAUUGAUGAUGCAUUCUGGGCAGGGGAAUCUAGUGUCAGGGUCAUUGCUGGACGAAGACGCUACACUGUUCAGUUUGGCAAUAUGAUUCAGAUCAAUGAAGAAACGGGCAAUCGCCGGCCAGUCAUGAUCUGCCUGAAGGAGAAUGAGAAGGAAGAUAAGGUGAAAGAAGCAGAGAAAAUGGAAGUGGAAGAGAAAGGUGUAUCAACAAGUGUAUCCAGCUCAAACACUGAGACCAACACAGAAUCCCCCCCAAAGACAUACAUUGUACGUGGCUUCACUGAAGCCCAAAUGGAAGCUAUCUUGAAGGCAUGUGUAUCCUUGAUGAAUCUACCAGUGGAUGCAGAUUCCCUUCAUGCACUGAUGCGUCUGUGCCUGCGACUCACACGCUCCCAUAAUCUUGCCUUGUUGUUUGCUGAGCUGGGGGGUAUCCGACUCCUCUUGCAUCUCAGUCGAGACUCCUUCUUUGUUGGUUUCUCUUCUCUCGCCACCCUUUUGAUUCGCCAUGUUCUUGAGGAACCUUCCACACUGAAGCUAGCUAUGGAAAAGGUCAUUCGAUCGAGUGUAGCCAAUGCCACCAUGAUAGAAUUUCACUACAUCCUUCGAUCUCUUGCUCCUGCUGCAUGCCGAGAUCCUGAACUCUUCACAGAAGUGGCUCGCAAGUGUCUCAGAGUGGAUUUAGCUGCAAUAGCCAAACGAAAUGAGGAUGAGGAAACAAGGUUGCUGAUCAAGACCAUUCCCAGUGGAAUGCCACAGCCAGCUCAGACUUCAAUUGAGGGAGCUGCUGCUCAAGUGGUGUGUGAUCUCCUAGAUGCUCUUGCUAUCAAGGUCCCCGAACCUGCCUCUCCAGCAGAGAUCAUGUUUGAUAAAUUUAAUGAGACUCACAUUUAUCAUGCAGAAGAGGAAUUGGGUACUCCAAAGCCUACUGUGACAAGUGGGAGCUCUGGUGUUUCUGCCUCUACAUCUGAUGGUAGUCUGCUGGAUGUCACUCAGAGUCUCACAUCUUCCUCUAUCCUUCAGCCUGAGAUCAUUGUUUCUGCUGCGGGGCUUGGUGAGGAGACAACAUCCAAUGGUCCAGUAUUAUCAGAAUCCCAAGACAAAGAAAAGAACCAAGAGAAAGAGGACAAGAGGCAUCUGCCUCUUCUACCUCGACAUGUUAUCUGCCAGAUUCUUGCAGAGCUCAUUCGCUCCUACUCUUCUUGUGCAAAACUAGUGGCUGAAUACACCCUUCGAGGUGGUAUCAGUGAGCUUGUUCCUGAGGAUUGCACCGUGCUGUCAUUUAUCUUGGAUCAGCUUCAACCCCCCUCUGAGACCCCAACUGUAGGCAACAAACAAGGAGGAACUGGUCAGCUAUCAAGUGACAGGGACUCUGCUGCACACGCCCGAGUAUUCCUGGCAUCCCUAGCUUCAUGCAACUCAGUCCCUGAAGCCCAGGCAAGUCUUGUUAUGGAAGUGAAAAGCGCCCUGAAUCGUGCCCUCAGUCUGCCUGAAUCCGAAGAGAAACAUUCUCGCAUCCAAGCUCUUUCUUCCCUCGUCUCCCUGAUGAUUGAAUCUUGUCCUUCAACUCCAACACCAAAUCAGGGUCCCAACAAUAACAAUCCUGCUGCAAAGCAGCACACAGUUGGGAUGAAUCCAAUUGUGAGACUAGUGUUGAAGAAAGGCCUAGUCAUGGAUCUUGCUCGAAUCCCCCAUAGCCUGGAUCUUUCCUCACCUCAUCUCCCUAUGACUGUGAACACCAUGCUCAAACCCCUUGACACUCUGUCUAGGAUCAUCAACCUACCCCAGGCAAUGAUUCCUUCUACGCGUUCAGGCAGUAAGCCCAAAACUGCAGGUGAGGGAGGAAUGGAAUCUGCUGCCACUGAGGAGGCCCCCAGUGCCCCAACAGGAACAAGUACAUCCGAAGCAGCAACGCAUGCCCAAGGGGAAGAAAUAGUUGGGGACACAGACAAUACCGAACAUGAUCUGUCUGCUGCAACAGAAAGUCUGGAUCCAAUCUCAGUGUCAGAGGGUCAUGUCCCUGAAACCAAUGAUCUAGAUGACAUUAUUCAUGUCCUUCUAGACAGGGAUCGUGGAAACCCUGAAAACCAGAUCCUAGCUGAGACAUUGAUGGAAGCUACUGAAGGAAGCAUUCAUGAUCAUCAUGGGGAGUCUCUUCAUGAUUCCCAGAUGCUGACUCAGAGUGAGAGUCUCUUUGAAAGUGACAGACAAGAGGAAGAAGAGGAUGAGAACGAGGGCUCAAGUCAUUCCAGUGGAAGUGAAGGAGAAGAAAGAUCUGAGAAUGAUGAAGAGCGUGAUGAUGUGGAAGAGGAGGAAGAAGAUGAUGAUGAUGAUGACGACGACGAUGAUGAUGAUGGUGAUGAGACUGAAACAGAGGGAGAAGAUGAUGAAGAGGACUUCUUGAAUGUGACAUUCAUUGGUGAAGGGCAACAAGAAGCAAGAGAUGAUGACUGGCGCCAUGCAGUGCGGGAUCUGACGGAUGACCUCUUUUCCUUGCCAAACCUUCAGGGAGAUUCAGAUGGGGAUGACAUCUGGAUGAUUCAUUAUUCAGAUCUCUUGAUGCCUUCAGCAGAGACUUCUCGAUCUAUGCGAUCUUUUCCAAUGCCUCAUUGGAUCUCCAACUACCUAUCCUCUGGUGUGGACAACAGUCAAGGUGGUGGGACUGGUGUUGCACCUCCUGUAACUCACCCUUUGCUGAUGGUCCGCACCCCAGUGGUUGAUAGCGGACCCCAGACUACAGGCAACAGCAUCCGAUCUCACCGAGCAGGAGGACGUGGUCGAUAUCGCUACAUUCACAUCAAUUCCUCUCUCUCAAACCCCUCAGCAAUCAUUAGGAGGGUCCUGGGUCCCAGUGCAGCCCAAGAUGUUCUGCAUCUUGCAACAAAUCCUUCUUUGUCAUCUGGAUUACGAGAAACCCGUUUCCUGCUGGGAGAUGCCAAUGAGAUGCGUCUUUUGGCUGGGCCUGAUGAUGCUUGCAUUGAAUUUGAAUUUGGCUCUGGGGGUGAUGGAGGAGCUGGUGGAGGAUCUAAUCCCAGUUUGACAUCCAUACCUGGGGCCCUGACACGAUGGACAGAAGAAUCCCGAGUCAUUGAUGCUGAAUCUCUGCAUGACUGCAUUACUGGGUUGAAGCCAAGUAUUUUGGAAGUUGUAGAGAAAGAACGGGAGAAAGAGUUGAUAGAAAAAAGGGAGCUGAAGAAGAAAGAAGAUGAGGAGGCAAAGAAGAAGGCAAAGGAAUCAGGAGAGGAUGAAGACAAGAAAGACAGUGACUCAGAGGGGAAAGAAAAAGAUAAGGAUGUGAUGGAAGUGAUGGUUACUGAAACACCUGUUUCAGUGGCACUAGCCACAUCAUCCCAAUUCCCACCUUUGGUCCCACUUCACACACCACCAUCUUCACUUGGAGGUCCUGGUGCAAUGUUGCCGCUAGCUAAUGCAGUGCCAGCCCAAAUUGGUCCUGAAGGAUAUGUACCACUGCCAAGGACAGAGGACUUGUCCCAUCAGAGUACUAGUGGCCUUAUGUACCUCUUGGCUAAUUUGAGUGAUGAGCAGUUGGCCAAUCAGAAUCGUGAAAAUCAGAACAGAGUCAGUGCAAUGCAGAGUGAAGAGGUACCAGUCUCACGAGAGAUGAGACAGAGUGAACUUAAUGAUGGGAUUCUAUCUGCUGUUGACUCACAAGAACAACAAAAUCAACAACUAGGAGAACAGCAGCAGUCUCAGGAAGAGAGAAGAGAGGUGUGGAGUGUGGGGCCUGUUGAAAUGAACUCCUUGAUGACAAAUUCAGUCCAAGACACUGGAGAGGAGCAGGGUGGAGUCUUUUCAGUUGUAACACUGCUUCUUUUCUACUCCAGUGAACGGGACAGUGAAGAAGAGAUCUUAACAGUGAUGUCCAGCGUUCUGAAUACCCCACCACUGCAAUUGCGUGAUGUUAGAGCCAGUCAAGCCCAACCUGAAACCCCCAGUACAAGUGCAGGUUCCCUUGAAACACCUGAAAGCAGUGAUGUUGUCACUCGUCCCCCACCUGCAGAGUUUUCUGACAUCCUUGGUGACAUUGAAAUUCCUGAUGGGGUUGACCCAUCAUUUCUUGCUGCCUUGCCUGAGGACAUGCGGCAGGAGGUCAUCAAUGAUCAACUCAGACUGCAGCGUUUACGCCAGAGAGCACAGGCUCAAACCCAGCCUCCUGCUCAAAGUUCUGAAGGGAGCAGUGCAGCUGUACCAGAAGUGAAUCCAGAGUUCCUAGCUGCAUUGCCCAUUAACAUUCAAGAGGAGAUCCUGGCUCAACAGCGUCUUGAACAACAGCGGGCUCAUGCAGCAGCUCAGGGCCAGCCUGAUGAUUCCAUGGACCCUGCCACCUUUAUCCAGACCCUUCCACCAUCACUCAGACAAAGUGUGCUAGCUGACCUGGAGGAUUCACAGUUGGGGGUUCUUCCACCUGACUUGGCCGCUGAAGCCCAGGUCCUUCGUAGGGAGUGGGAGGCAAGAAACCGUCAGCUGAUGCAUGAUCGGAUCUUCAGCCAUUCAUCCUCGGCUCUCUCAUCCUUGCUGAGAAACACGAGUGAGAUUCGGCUGAGGAGUCGGCAGCUUCUCGAUGGGGAAUCUUUGUCUUGCCUCUUGGUUCUCCUGUUUUUGGAUGAGCCAAGACUCAACACCAACCGCUUGCAUCGAGUCCUUCGAAAUCUCUGUUAUCAUGGCCCUACACGACAGUGGGUCAUCAAGAGCCUCCUAUCCAUCUUGGAGAGAAGUAAUGAGGGUCGAAGCAUUCUAUCUCCAGAUAAUUCCAGUGUUGCAACACGUGCAAAGAAGCAUACCAAGACUAGUGCAACAAGUGGCCAAACUGUUGAUGUUGUUGUAUCUCCUGCCCUUGUUCACAGGGUGGACUCAGGGAGGAACUAUGGAACACCAGCAUGGUUGAACAUCAGCCUGGAUGCAGCCCUUGGAUGUCGAGCCAACGUAUUCCAGGUUCACAAGCCAAGUCAUUCCAACUCAGGAAAGAAAGGGGAUAGAGCAAAUCCUUACCCUGCUGUCUCUUUCACCCCUCCUUUCCAAGCCCCCUCUUCUCCUGCAUCAACUGCUAUCGCAAUCCAUCCUCAAGCUUCUCCAGUCAUCUGCAGGCAUGCCCUGGACACAAUGAUAUUCCUUGCCAAGUUCUUCCCAUCUCAGUUCCUACCAGCUCUGGAACCUGCAAAUAAGGAAGGACCAGGGGAAUCUUUAAGAAAGCCUUCAAGCAGUCAGGCUAUGGUUGUGUCCAAACCCCGUGGAUCAGAAGGAGACUUCUGGGAGAUGAUUCUACGCCUGGACAAUCAAAGUGGAUCACGUAAAGUUAAGGCUCUGAGUAAAGCCAGUCAUGGUCCCCCAAAAGAAACAUUUGAGGAAGAGGCCCUGGAAAAUGUGUCCUUGGAGGCAUCUCCAUUGGGACAGCUCAUCCUCAUGCUUUCCCAUCCUGUGAUAAAGAGGAGUUCACUGCUCACGGACAAACUCCUACGUCUCCUUCGCACACUCUCCAGCAGUGUCCCACGUGUUCAAGGAAAGGAGACAUCAGACAAGGAAAAGGAGAAGCAGAUGAAGGUACCAGAAUCCCUCCUUCGCCUCACAGUUGAUGUCCUCACAUCGAAGAGCUGCUCGGAAGAGGGCCUUGAGGACACCACUGCUCUCCUCCUCAAUCUCUCCCACAUUUCUCCCAGCACCCGUCAAGAAAUUCUGGAGCUUUUGUUGGGUGGAGCCCAAGAGAUGGGUCAGGUGAUCAAGGAACACAUCCACACCCUAUUGAUAGAAUUGAGGCAGUGGAAGCGCAAUAUGGAUAUAGAACCGGGAGAAGAGGAUAAGGAGACCCUUGAUGUCCAGGCCUCCUCUUCUCGCAAGGGCACUCUCAUGGACAGGUUCACCAGAGAGUCAGUUAUUGUGAUGGCUAGUUCCCGGCCAGGGAAGGCAACUCGCAUGGAAUUGCAGCUACCAAGUAUGAGUGCACUUACGAGUAAAACAUCAGCCCAAGCAUUCUUCCUCCGCUGCUUAAAGGUUAUCAUCCAGUUACGUGAAGCAGAAGCAGGUGUCAAAACACCACCAGCUGGUGCCAACCGUCAUCGAGACUCAGAGGAUCCACUAUAUGAGCCAGACUAUGUCCCUGCAAGCUCCCUUUUGGGAGCAACAAAUGCAAGAACUCCUCAACCGGCACAGCCUGGGGGAACUGUAGAAGGACAACAGCCAGAUCAGGGAAUGGGAAGAGAAAGUAUGGAAGUGGAUGAUGCAGGUGGCCAAAAGGAGGUUGGUGGUGAGAAAGGCGAGGAUGUACCUAGCCGACAACGUCUCAGUGACCUCCUUCACCUUGAUUUCUUAUGGGAUGUAUUGAGUCAAUGCCUGAUUGAUUUGGCUGACACCCCCGACUAUCAUGCAGUUCUUGUCCUUCAGGUCUCGCAUCUUGGUUUUCUUUCUCACAGUUCAUUCUCAUGUGACAAUGGCCAUUCAAGUGGUGUCUUUGAUGUGGAAGCUUUCUUCCUGGUCCAUGCAUCAGAGAAGGAGAGCCAAGAGUCAAGUGGUACGCGCCAUGAGACCCGCGAGAGCCAGCUUUCUCACAUCCAUCAAGAACUGGCUCCUCUGUCCCCAUUGUCAGCAUCUGCAGCCAUAGCCAGUACAACUGAGGGUGAACAUUCCUCUAUGCUACCAAAAGAUGCUUCUCAGGGCUUGACUCUCAACCUUCCUCCUGACACCAAGAAAUUCCUGGAGUUUGCCAGUGCGCCCUCUCACCAGAGUUCAAAAAUGUUUUAUAGCAUGCAUCGAACUGUGCUGAACCAGAUCUUAAGGCAAUCUACAGUGCACCUUGCUGAUGGCCCAUUUGCUGUGCUCGUGGAUCACACCCGUAUCCUGGACUUUGAUGUGAAGCGGAGGUACUUCCGUACAGAGCUGGAGCGUAUGGAUGAAGGGAUCCGACGAGAAGACCUGGCAGUUCAUGUGAGAAGGGAACACGUCUUUGAAGACUCCUUCCGGGAACUGUAUCGUCGCAGCCCAGAAGAGUGGAAGAAUCGCUUCUACAUAGUUUUUGAAGGGGAAGAAGGACAGGAUGCUGGUGGCCUAUUGAGGGAAUGGUAUGUGAUAAUCUCUCGUGAAAUCUUCAACCCAAUGUAUGCCUUGUUCUGCACUUCCCCUGGCGAUCGGGUCACGUACAUGAUCAAUCCCUCGUCUCACUGCAACCCAAACCAUCUCCUGUAUUACAAGUUUGUAGGCAGAGUUAUCGCCAAAGCAAUUUAUGACAACAAACUGCUUGAAUGUUACUUCACACGUGCCUUCUACAAGCACAUCCUGGGGAAACAUGUACGCUACUCAGACAUGGAGAGUGAGGAUUACUCUUUUUACCAGGGACUUGUGUUCCUCCUCGAUCAUCACAUCUCUGAGCUUGGCUAUGACCUGACCUUCAGCACUCAGGCAAGAUGGGACUUUCCUGUGAAUGUCUUCCUUUUCAGUCAUGUCCAGGAAUUUGGGGUGACUGAGGUUCGAGACCUCAUUCCCAAUGGACGAAACAUUCUUGUUUCAGAAGAGAACAAGUUUGAGUACAUACGUCUGGUGUGCCAAGAGAAGAUGACUGGAGCCAUUCGCAAACAGUUAAAUGCCUUUCUUGAGGGGUUCUAUGACAUCAUUCCCAAGCGUCUUAUAUCCAUCUUCAGUGAGCAAGAGUUGGAACUCUUGAUCUCAGGCCUCCCAACUAUUGAUAUUGAUGACCUCAAAGCCAACACUGAGUAUCACAAAUACCAGGGAAAUUCACUGCAGUUGGAUCUUCCAGCCUAUGAGACAUAUGACAAACUCCGCACUUAUCUCCUCAAGGCGAUCCAGGAAUGUUCGGAAGGUGAAACAGCUGCUCGUGGAAUGGCACGAAAUGAGGAGAAGCAUUUUGGGAUCCUGAAUAGAAUUCAUCUGGAAAGGGAGAAGAAAGCACGAGAGUCGAAGGUGGUGAAGAGACCGAAGCUGAGCCAACUCGAUGAUGCUGCAUCCAUACGGCUAUGGAUGCCCUCCAUUCUUGAUGAGAUUGAUCAGAAUCUCAGGCAGUCACAAGCAACAUGCUAUCCUGACCGAGUGACAGAGGGUUUCAGGAAGAAGGUCCAAUACCUAGAAGCUGAAUACAAGAGAUUCCUGAAAAAGGCCAGGAAUUUAGAAGAGGAAUCUUUCCCCUCUUGCAGAGCUGGAGGAGGACCAUCCAAGAUACCUGUUCCAUAUCAAUCGACGAGGCCAACCCCCCAAGAUGCAGUGGAUGACCUGAAUAGUUUGGGCUUCAUCCCAACACCAAUCUUGGAUGAGGAACAGAAACAUUUUGACGAGAAAGGAGCAGAUGGACGACCUGAUUCUGCUCCCAAGGAGUGAGGAAGUUCAAAAACUGCUGGGAAUGGAUUGUCCUUCUCAUUCUACUCCACUCCUUUUGACUGUGAUGGUGGGUGUGCCGUGCUUUCGACUUCCUCCGGCCGCAGUUACAGACGGGUCUGCCAUUUGGUUAAUGAUGAGGUAAUUUACAGUAUUUGGUGACUGUUCGAUGAGGUGAGACGGAGAAGCUGUGCUUUUUACUGGGAUCGUCUGAGCCGUUCGGUGGCUUUCGGUUGAUGCCAAUGUAAUGCGCAUGUUUCAUAUAUGAGAUCUUUGUCUGACUCCUGCUGUUUCACAUGGAGCUGAUACUUGGAGGUGUAUCAUAUUUACAUGGAGUAAGCAUGAUCUCUUUGUUCUGGAACUAAACAGAUGCACUCUCCAUGCUUUGAAGUGGUGUUGGCAUCUGACUUACCUUUAGCACCUGGGUCUGCUUCAGGCUCAGUGGAUCUGUUCAGUCCUUAGAUUGACUUGUGGCACUCAACUGAUGAUCCCAAGUGAGAUCUCGAUAGGGAACCGAUUCGUGUUCCUCCCUUUGGGGUUUCCAAAUGGCACUAACCAGAGUGAAGUUGAUAAGCUCCGCUCUUGUUACAACAAUCUGAUCUGGAUGAUAUUGGAAAAUAUAUAUUUUAUAAUAAUAUUUUUACAUCACUGUUUUACUUUUUUAAGAAGGCAUGCUUUUUUUUUUAGCAUUCUACUAGUUUCACAGGCAUUUCAAAGAAAAAUAGAGAUCUUGAUUAUUUAAAAUACUUCGUACACAAAACAUUGAUAUUAGAAGGGCUUUUCUUUAUUUCAUGUACAUUCUAAU